UGUAGUGAGAACGUGCGAGUUGAUACGUUUGACUUAAUGUUUCGUAUAACGUUGUACUGAGUUAUUGAGGCAGCCACAUGUAUACUAAUUGUGCAGCAGCGAAAUAUUAAAGUAGCAGUAUCGAAGAAGUUAAAUUAAAAGUGGCGCGCACACGGAUCAAAAUUGACUAACUCCGAGUGGGUCAGAAAAUGAGGAGAAACAAUUCCGGGGAAGGAUAUCAAAGAGGCUGAAGAUACCGAGAUAACGAAGUGUCCUCUCCAGAGAAAGAAGACAAAUUUCGUCGCGUUAAAUUCAAAGCGGGGAUCGAACAUAAGUGCAGUGCAACGAGGGAAUUUCAAUGAACUUCGGAUUACUUUGUGUCACGUGUAAAACCUGUGGCUGGGAUUUUGACGUAAUUUCGGCAGUUGCGUCGAUCUUCUAGAGCAUCCUUCAUCGCGAAGGAUGUCCCGAAGUUUCUUCGUGGACUCUUUGAUCGGCAAUAACUCGUCGCCUUCGUAUCCCCUGCCGUAUUAUGGGAACCAGCUGCCCAAUUACAUGUUCAAUUUUUUCAAUUUGGGUUUAAACUAUCAGCCGAUCAGGCCGAUACCCAGACCACCCACUGUGCCGGUGCAUAUCAGCCCGCCCGCUCUGAGCGUCUUGCCGAUAUCUGGACAGACUCCUCCAUCACCUCUGAACACCUCGACCAAUAAUGUAUCAGAGGUUUCAGCACCCAACGAGUCACCAUCUCGUAAUAGUACACCGACACCUCCGCCAAAGUCCCCGGUCUCCAUCAACAACAGUUCAAAGCGUAUUCGCACCGCGUUCACCAGCACACAACUAUUGCAAUUGGAACGUGAAUUCGCCUCGAAUAUGUACCUGUCGCGGCUGCGUCGCAUCGAGAUCGCGACCAAUCUCCAGUUGUCGGAGAAGCAAGUGAAGAUCUGGUUUCAAAAUCGCCGAGUGAAGUACAAGAAGGAAGAUCUUCCGUCCGGGCAAAGCCAAAAGUGUUGCUGCCUGAGGACCUGUAGCAAACGGAAGGACGACUGCGGCGACGGCUCGCCCGGUCGGAAGUGCGAACGGGAAAAAGAGGAAAAGGAGCCCUCAAAGAGCAGCGAGAGCAGCGACGGCAAAGCCAUUCGCGAAUCUACCGAAGUCGAACACCUCGAACGGUCAAUCGCGCACGAUGACGUCCGCUGUGAAAGGAUCACGAACUUCCGAAAGAUAAAUGACACGAAUCAGGUUGGCGAGUACGAGGCGCGAGAUUUCUCUCGAGGUUGUAAGAGGAGUAUGGAGGAGGGAGCUGAUGAAAGGGGUGAUAGAAAAAGGAUGGAUACGACGAUGACUUAUCAGAUUCCAAAACCGUGGACGAAUCCGAUAUUGAAAAAUAAAGAAUGCAUAAAGCAUACGGUGGAGCGAAUCGUUAACUCGUAAAUCCGGUAGAGCUGUCCAUAAGCUUAUUAUAUUAUACGAUAUUACAGUUCUUGCUGAUUACUAAAUAUAAUUUUAUACAAUUAUGUUUAAUUCAUUAAGCUAUUGAUUUCAAUUACAUUUCGAAACCAAUUAAAGCUAGCUUUUGCUCACCUCAUUUAAAUUCGUUAUAUGAAUGAUCGAAAUUAAUAAAUUAAUAAAUUAUAUAAAUAUUUGUACCGCCGUUGUAUGUUGUCAAAUAAUGUAAUGUAAUUAUUGAAUGUAUAACUCCUGUCAGAAAAUAUUCGCGACCUAAGAUGUAAGAUGUUGUAGCCUCAUACGAGAAUGUGUUAGCCUGUGUUGUAAAUAUUGUAAAUAUAUUUUUACACGAUCUAUGCGCGAAAAAGAAACAGAAUUUGUAUAUUUUUAAUAUAAACUGCGCCAAAUUAAAAUUCAUUUUCUACCUUAUUAAUGUGUCUUCAUUUAUACUUUGCACGUGGCUGCUUGAUAAUGAGUCAAUAUUUUUUGUACAAAAAGAAAGUGAAUUUUAAGAUAAU